GUUGGAUGUACUGGAUGAUGUCAGACCAUUUGACGUUGACAUUUACACAAUAAUUCAUUAAAAUUUAUCGUUACUUUCGUUAAAAGGGGAAGAUAUUGUUAAAGGAAUUAAAAUUACAAGUACAUAAAGGUUAGUUAUUAUACUGUAAAUCUGGAUCAUCCAAAAAUGAGACGAGCACACGGUGCUUAUUAUCAACCACUAAAUCAAAAUCCAAGUAAUGUGGUGGAAGAUGAAAAUGAUCGAAUGACCGAAGAAUUAAAAGACAAAAUAGGAAUGUUAAAAUCAUUGUCAAUAGACAUUGGCAAUGAGGUUAAAUAUCAAGAUAAAAUGCUACGCGAUAUUGACGAUGACAUGGAACGAACUGGUGGAUUAUUGGGUAACACUAUGGCAAAAGUUUUACGAUUAUCUAGGGGCUCACAUAAUUACUUUAUAUUAUAUAUAUUUUUAUUUUCAUUGUUUGUAUUUUUUGUAUUAUAUUUAGUGAUUAAAUUUCGGUGAAAAUUUGUGAGUGAA